AUGGAUUCAACCCAUUCUUCGUUUUUACAAUCAUGCGCAAGUUCGCUAGCAUCGUCGGCAUUAUUCGGAGAAAAUCUAAAGAAAGGAUUCUGGGAUAGAACACUUAACUUUCGUACCACGCUGGGGAGGUAUUUCCUGCUGAUUCUGUUACUAACAGCAGGGAUUCUGCCUGUCGUCAUUUUACUUGCCCAGAACAUCAAGAAAGUGUACGAUGCGGCCGAGCAUCUAGAGACCAAUAUGGUAGUGAAUCAGUACGUUGAGCUGGCUCUAGAGAUACGUAGUUUGGUUUAUAGUAUACAGCUUGAGCGAGGACUUUCUGCUCUAUACGUCAGCUCUGGGGGCGAUGACAGAACCACAGAGGCGAUGCUGAAACAGAGGGUGAAGAUGAACGUACACCUGCUUGAUUUUAGGCAUGAUAUAGACAUGCAGAAAGUGGACGAUUAUGACGUGGUGGCAUUUUACAG